GUGCACCUCGACGCCGCCGCCGCGUGGCUUGCGGAGCACGGCGCGGAGGCGGAGGCGGAUGUCGAGGCGGAGGAGGCGGCCGCCGACGGGGCCGGCGCGGUGGCCAACCUCGGGCGCCGCCCGACCGAGGGCGUGGGUAGCGACGGGGUGGACACGGGCCGGCAGAGUGGCGCGUCCGCGUCGUCGCCGCGGGGCAGCUGCAACGGGGCCGACGUGUCGCUCUCGCAGCGGAGCAGCGAGGAGGGCGUCUCGCGCACGGUGAGCUUCACGCCGCAGGCGGAGAGCAGCUACCGGCUGCUCUCCCCCUCCACCGGCAGCCAGGAGGUGCUGCACGCGGACGCCGACAGCGGCGAGGGCAACAUCGCCGACAGCUGGACGCUGCAGGACGAGUUCCAGAGCGCCACGCCGCCCGAGGCCCGCCCGUACAGCUCCGAGCUUUCCGAGGCGGCGCUCGCGCUGGCGCGCUCGGCGGCGCAGUUCUCCUUCAAGCGCGCGCGCUCGAGGCCGCACGUGCUGCAGCAGGCCCGCCCGCUCGAGCCGGCCGAGUGCCUCGCGGGCCGCCUCCUGCGGCCGGCGCCGCUCUCGGCCAACACCAACUGCGUGCUCGAGGGCGUCGACCGGAGCGCGGACGGCUCGCUGCGCCUCUACACGCGCAACGCCGAGACGGACGUGCUGCAGAUCAUCCUGCGCCGCAUGGUCAGCUGCCAGCGCGCCGAGACGAGCCUCACGGCCUACCUGCCGGAGCUGGAGCACCUCGGCGCAAACUCGAGCGGGCUGAACGCCGUCUCGGGCGCGGCGCACACGAUGCUCGCGAUCCUGCUCGUGCGGCAGAGCGUGCUCUGCCUCCUCUCCGACAUCCAGUGCCUCAAGGAGUCGGACGAGGACGCCACCUCCGCCUUCAGCCUCGAGCAGCUCGGCCGGCCGCGCGAGCUGCUCGACCUGCUCAAGCUCGCGUACCACUCGUCGGGCCACUCGUCGGUCGGCGGCGGCUCCGCCGGCUCGAUCGCCUUCUCGCGGCUGUGGGGCAUGAUCGAGGGCCUGAUGCGGGGCGGCCGCGACGCCGCUUUAUUGCCCGGCCCUUUCAAGGCGCUGCCGCUGCUGCUGCGCGACGACGCGCUCGGCCACCUUCGCCGCGAGAAGAAUGGCAUCGCCACGCUGCAGUCGCCGCACCCGCUGGAGGGCACGCGCAUGCAGAGCAAGCACCGGCUCUUCGUCGACGGCGCCUCGAGCCUGCUCCUCAAGCUCGACCGCCGCUCCGAGCUCAACGGCACCGCGCACAUCCUCUUCAGCACCGACGAGGACGGCACCGAGCUCGUCGGCCGGUGGCCCUCGCCGGGCGUGCCGUGGAAGGACGUGCGCGUGGAGGGCGACACGGUCUGGUGCCACCUCAAGGGGGAGGUGCAGGGCGGCAGCCGGCCGAGGCGGCCGCUGUGGGGCUUCCGCGUGCGCGCGUGCGUCGCGGGCUGGCGCAGCCCCGAGGGCGAGACGCAGGUGCUCGAGACGCCGCUCGCGUUUGCGUGGCAGCUGCUCGAGCUGCUAAGCGAGCACCGGCCGCUCGAGCUGCUCACGCAGCACACGUACAUCCGGCUCGUGCAGUACCUGCACGCGCGGUGCGCGCCGCACCUCACCAGCGCCGCCUCGGUGCUCCUCCGGCUGCUCAAGCUGCCGGCGAAGACGCUGUGCGACCUGGAGGGGCCCGACCCGCGGCUGAGCUGGCCGAUGCAGCACAUCACCGCGCUGGCGCUGCACGUCAACCAGUUCUUCGAGGCGCACCCGGGGCGGGCGAUGCGGGUGCCGCUGCAGAUCCAGCUCUACGCCGAGCUGGUGGCGCGCGCCGUCUCGCGCGGGCCCGAGGCGGGGCUCAAGCUGCCGCCGAGCGACUGGAUGCAGUCCAUGAGCGAGCUGAACUCGGCCUGCCGCUUCAUGCUGCGCGACGAGGGCGCCGACACCAUCUCGGACCUGCCCAACGUGUGGCUGCGCCAGCUCGAGGCGUCGGGGCUGGAGCUGAUGCUGCUCAACGAGCCGUGGAGCCUCGCCAAGUACACCACGCUGCUGCGCUUCGCCACGCAAAAGAUCGGCGGCCCCAAGGGCGAGCUCAUCGACCUCUCGCCAAAGAGCCUGCCCGCCCCGACGGAGGACGACGGGCCGGUGAUGGCGCAGUGCGACCAGGCGACGGUGCAGGUGCGCUUCGCGCUGCUCCAGCUCUUCAACCGCGUGCUCCUGCCCUGCUUUGGCGUCGCGUGGACGGGCGAGCCGCAGCUGGGGCACACGCUCGGUGCGGAGCUGUGCUCGCUGCGGCAGAUCAUCUUCACCGAGGUGAAGAACAGCGUGUGGGGCAUCACGAUGGACGCCACCAUCCCCUUCCGCCGCCCGGCCGCCAUCGCUGCCAACCCGCCCCCCACGGUGACGCUCAACCGGCGGCGCGCGCUCAAGGAGCGCGCGGACCGGCACGCAAAGACAAAACACUCGGUCUUUGUCCAGCUGCACAACCAGCUGCGCGCGGUGGAGCGCAAGGAGCUGAUGCGGCGCGAGCGCGCCUUCAAGGUCAAGUUCGCGGGCGAGGCGGCCGACGACUACGGCGGCCCCUAUCGCGAGGUCUUCACCGUCCUCGCCAGCGAGCUCGAGAACGAGGCGGUGCUGCCGCUGCUGCAGCUGAGCCCAAACGGCAAGCACAACCUGGGGUCGAACCGCGACCGCUUCAUCCUCAACCCGGGCGCGAGCUCGGCGGAGAGCCUGCAGUACUUCGAGCUCGUCGGCAUGAUGUUUGCCUUUGCGCUCAUGCAGAAGGAGACGGUGCUCACGCUGAGCCUCUGCUCAGUGGUCUGGAAGCAGCUUGUGCAGGAGCCGCUCGACACGCAGGACCUCGCCGGCUUCGACGAGUCGGUGAUGAACUCGCUCGAGCAGAUCGAGCACAUCGACCGCGAGGGCGUCGACGAGGACCUCUUCUCCGACCUAAUCUUCGAGGUCUUCACCACCCAGCUCAGCCACGGCGUCGAGGUCCCGAUCUGCGAGGGCGGCGCCGACAUCGACGUAACGUGGAGCAACCGCAAGCACUACUGCGAGCUGGUGCGCAAGGCGCGGCUGGGGGAGAGCCGGCAGCAGGCGCAGGCGGUGCUCAAGGGCAUCAACUCGCUGCUGCCCUCCAACCUGCUGCCGCUCUUCACGCACCGCGAGAUCGAGCUCAUGGUCUGCGGCGCGCCCGACAUCGACCUGAGCAUCCUGCGGCAGCACACUCGGUACGGCGUCACGGUCGACCCCGACGACAGCCACAUCCGCAUCUUCUGGCAGGUGCUGAGCGAGUUCACCGCGCAGCAGCGCACGCUCUUCCUCAGCUUCAUCUGGUCGCGCACGCGGCUGCCGGCGACCGAGGAGGACUGGGACGACCAGUGCAUGAAGAUCCACACGCUCGAGUGCACGAGCCCCGACCUCCACCUGCCCGUCUCGCACACCUGCUUCUUCAGCAUGGAGUGGCCGCGCUACUCGAGCGUCGAGAUCGCAAAGGAGAAGCUGCUCUACGCGAUUGUCAACUGCGUCGACAUCGACGCCGACAACACGGCCGAGGGCAGGUCCAACAUGGCGAUGGGGCGCGACGACGAGCUGUGACGCAGGGGCGUCGGACCUCCCCGCACACCAUACACGCAGUGGUCGCUUGGUCCUUUGACACACGCGCUGUGGGCGCGGGACGUCGGUUCAGAGAGAUCCGGCACCGCGGGCCCCGGCGGCGGCGGCCGUGCGCAGGGCGCGGUGGGUGGUGCCCGGACGCCGGAGAGAAGACUGAGCAGGUCCAGAGAUACACACUACUGGGUCUCUCGAGGGGAGAGUCUAUCGAGAUACGCUCUCGCUACUCUCUUGAACUUGAUUGGAGCCCUUCCGUGGAUUGAGCAUUUCGACGAUUUUGUGUGGAGUAUAUUGAA